CGCUUCUCAUCCGACAAGACAAAUCAUCACACCUCUCUCCCAAAAUGUCAAAACUUUCUGACGGAAUCAUCGAUUUUUUCCCAGCGACGGAGGAACAACAGUCCUCGUAGCCGUGCGUAUAAUGCUUAAGGCCGUUCAGAUCUUGGGUUGGUCAUCAGGGUUAACCAUCAUCUCCCAAAGAUUAACGAAAACCCGUAACUCCUCCUCCUCCUCCACCAUCUCUCUCAAGCUCUCAACUUUCUCCUCAUCCCCUCGUAGAAUCCUCUCCUUCAUCCCGACCCGAAUGUCUUCCUCACAAUCCGGGUCAGACCCACUUCCCAAGUCUCAGACUUUCGUCUCUGUUCAGUCAUCCGGAGAUGUUCGUAAGAUUAAGUUCUGUCAAUGGUGUGGAGGUCCUACGAAGCACGAGAUUCCCGACGGAGAAGAGAAGCUUCGAGCUAUAUGCACACAUUGCGGCAAAAUCGCUUACCAGAAUCCUAAGAUGGUUGUAGGUUGUCUUAUCGUUCAUGAAGAAAAGGUUUUACUUUGCAAACGUAACAUUCAACCUUCACACGGUCUAUGGACUCUACCUGCUGGUUAUCUAGAGGUUGGAGAGUCAGCUGCGGAAGGAGCAAUGAGGGAGACUUGGGAAGAAGCAGGAGCCACUGUGGAAGUGAUCUCACCUUUUGCUCAACUUGAUAUUCCUCUUAUUGGCCAAACGUAUGUUAUCUUCUUGGCAAGACUGAAGAAUCUUGAUUUUGCGCCUGGUCCUGAGUCAAUAGAGUGCCGUCUUUUCGGACUAGAUGAGAUACCGUUUGAUUCCUUGGCUUUUUCAUCUAUAUAUGUUACCUUAAACUUGUAUUUGGAAGAUCUUAAAAAGGGGAAAGUAAAGUUCCACUAUGGUACUAUAAACAAAAGGCCUGGAAGUAGUCCUUCUGAUAUUCGUGCCUUUACUCUUGAUUACCAUUUGCAGCCAUGAAUCAGAGAUUACAGGAGCAGCUUCUGGAUUUGUUUCAUUCUUCCAUGUUUUUAUCACUUUGCAACUCAUUGUUUGACUAUAAGAAAGGACAAUUGAUGCUGCCCAUGUGAGAGACUCCUUGGACAGAAGCUAAAAGAAAAGACAGAAGAUAGUUGUUUCCUUUUUAGAUGGUAUGUCUGAACAAAGUGUUUCUGUUUCAGUUGCUCCAGUUGUAGAAGGAAAACUUCAGAUGUUAAUGCAAAAUAUUUUGAUCAA